AUGCCAUCCUCCUCCAUCAGCCUCUCCAGUCGCUGGGAUUACAAGCAUGCGCCACCACGCCUGGCUGUUAUUUUUAAGAAGGGGUCUUGCUAUGUUGAGCAGGCUGGUUUCAAAUUCCUGGGUGCAAGUGAUCCUUCCAGCCCAGUCUCCCAAGUAGCUGGAAUUACAGGCGAGUGUCAACGUGCCCGGCACUGUUUGCCCUUUGUAUUUUCAUCUAUAAAGUCAAACCUAGUAGCUGGACGACGCCAGGCCGAGGUUGAGUUUGACAACGGAAUCCACGCUGCUGGAAGUCACACAGUUAGCGGCAAAACUAACUUUGAAGUCCAGACGUUUAGCUCCCGACCCGGGCCCGAUAUAGCCCAGCCACGGAAAGCUUUCGGUAUUGCAGCAGCCUCCCUCAGUCCUCACCUGCAAGGGAUGUUGAAAGAGGAAAGGAAGCGGGAAUUGGAGGAGAAGGUCAAGGCAGUGGAAGAUCAAGCCAAGAGGAGAAAACUCAGGGAAGAAAGGGCAUGGCUGCUGGCUCAAGGCAAGGAGCUACCCCCAGAACUUUCCCAUCUGGACCCUAAUUCUCCCAUGAGGGAAGGAAAAAAGACAAAGGAUCUCUUUGAGUUGGAUGAUGACUUCACUGCCAUGUAUAAAGUUCUAGAUGUGGUAAAGGCUCACAAGGAUUCCUGGCCAUUUUUGGAACCCGUGGAUGAAUCUUAUGCUCCUAAUUAUUAUCAGAUUAUAAAGAUCCCCAUGGAUAUUUCAAGCAUGGAGAAGAAAUUGAAUGGAGGUUUAUACUGUACCAAGGAUGAAUUUGUAAAUGACAUGAAGACAAUGUUCAGGAAUUGUCGAAAAUAUAAUGGGGAGAAUAGUGAGUAUACCAAGAUGUCUGAUAAUUUAGAGAGGUGUUUCCAUCGGGCAAUGAUGAAACAUUUUCCUGGAGAAGAUGGAGACACGGAUGAAGAAUUUUGGAUCCGAGAGGAUGAAAAGCGGGAGAAGAGACGGAGUCGGUCUGGUCAUAAUAGUGGAAGCCAUUGGACCCGCUCUAGGGACUCUGAAGGGCCCAGCAGGAAGCAGCAGCCCAUGGAAAAUGGAGGAAAAUCAUUGCCCCCUGCACGCCGAGCUUCUUCUUCAGGGGAUGAUCAGAGCAGCAGUUCUACUCAGCCCCCUCGAGAAGUGGGCACUUCAAAUGGCCGAGGUUUUUCCCGCCCUCUGCACUGUGGUGGAAUGCCCAGCCAGGCACCUCUUUUAAACCAAAUGAGGCCAGCAGUACCAGGAGCAUUUGGCCCUCUUCAAGGAUCAGAGCCCAACACCUUCUAUGGUCCCUCUCGAGUCCCAGAAGCACACCCAGGAGAGCCCAUGCAGCAGCAUCAGGCUUUUUCCAUGCAGCCUCCAGUUGGAAUUAGUAACCACCGAGGACCCCAGCUUGGCACUCCAGAAGAUAAGCAGAUGUGUGGGGGGCUAACACACCUUUCUAACAUGGGAUCACAUCCCGCCUCCUUGCAGCUUGGACAGAUGAGUGGCCCUGGUCAGGAUGGAAACAUGUAUCCCCCAGCUUCAUUCCAGCCAGGAUUUAUUCCUCCCAGGCAUGGUGGGGCUCCAACCCGACCAGCAGACUUUGCUGAGAGUUCAGAAAUUCCUCCCAGUCACAUGUAUCGAUCCUACAAGUACCUGAAUCACGUACACUCUACCGUCUGGAAUGGGAAUCAUGGUACUACAAAUCUAGGACCUUUGGGGCCAGAUGAGAAGCCCCACCUCGGGCCAGGACCCGCUCACCAGCCUCACGCUCUUGGUCACAUGAUGGAUUCCCGAGUAAUGAGACCAUCUAUACCCCAAAACCAGUGGACUAAGCAAUCAAGCUUUCUACCUCAUGGUGUUCCUUCUUCAGGAUAUAUGCGACCACCUUGUAAGUCCACUGGUCAUAGGUUGCAGCCACCUCCAACCCCAGCACCAAGUUCUCUAUUUGGAGGGCCCUCCCAGACCCUGCGUGGGAUGCAAGGAGGGGACUCUAUGAUGGACAGCCCUGAGAUGAUCGCCAUGCAGCAGCUGUCCUCCCGUGUCUGCCCACCAGGUGUGCCUUACAACCCCUGUCAACCCACUCCCUCCCAAGUACCUGGCCCUUUUCCACAGGUAGCUCAUUCAGCAUCAGUAAGCUUGUCAGCCCCCAAACCUGCCUUGGGCAACCCUGGGAGGAUACAGGAUAACAAUGAAACACAAAAGCCUGAGAAUGACCGAGGAGAAGCUUUGCCUGGACUUGAAGAGAAACCAGCAAGCGUUGGUGCUUCAGAGGGGGUAUACCUCAAACAGCUACCUCAACCUACACCUCCCCUGCAGGCCGACUGCACCAGGCAGAGCUCACCAAGAGAAAGGGAAACAGAGGCCACAGAGCUCAAAAAUGACACAUUGGAAUCUGCAGACAACUGUAAAACAGCAAAGGGCAAGAAUACCUGGACCUCAGACAGCAGCUAUACCAGCCCAGCUGCCCAAGGCUGUAUGAGAGACCUCUCCACAAUGGCCGACAGAGGCGUUCUUCCUGAAAAUGGAGUCAUUGGUGAAGCAUCUCCUUGUGGAUCAGAGGGGAAGGGCCUUGGUGGCAAUGAUUCAGAAAAACCACUCUGCUCCAGAGGCAAAACAUUGCAGGAGACCAUGCCCUGCACAGGACAGAAUGCAACUACACCUCCAUGUGCAGACCCCAGUUUAAUGACAAGCCCUGUAAGCCAGUUUUCUCCCUUGUACAUGCCUGGCCUAGAAUACUCUAAUUCAGCUGCACAUUACCACAUCAGUCCAAGCCUGCAAGCCUUGGGCCCUAUGAUGGGGGGGAAAUCCUCGGUAUCGCAUCCUCAGCAUUUCUCUCCCAGGGCCUUUCAGUCUAACAAUCCUCACCCUGGGAUCUUUCCCCGAUAUCGCCCUCCCCAGGGAAUGAGGUAUUCCUACCAACCACCACCUCCACAGCCUUCCUACCAUCAUUACCAGCGAACUCCUUAUUACACUUGUCUACAGGGCUUUUCUGAUUGGCAGAGACCUCUCCACCCUCAGGGAAACCCAGGUGGCCCCCCAGCAAGUCAUGCCCCUCACCCAUGGCCCCUUUUCUCAGAUAAAAAUUCCAUGGCUGAUCUGCAAAGCUGUGAGACACUGAGUGCUGCCUUAACUUCCCCAACUCGAAUGGAUGCAGUGGCUGCUAAAGUUGUCCCACCUGACAGACAGAAUCCUGGUCCAGAGGAAGAAAAGCUUGAUGAAUCUAUGGAGAGGCCAGAGAGUCCCAAAGAGUUUUUAGAUCUGGACAACCAUAAUGCAGCUACCAAGCUACAGAGUUCUUUGUCAGCCAACGAAUAUAUUUAUGGAACUCCUCCUACACCUCUGAGUUCAGGGAUGGGAUUUGGUUCACCUCCUUUCCCACCUCAUGGUGUGAUGCUACAAACGGGGCCUUCUUAUACACCACAGCGGCCAACCAGUCAUUUUCAACCCAGGCCAUAUUCUCCUGUGGGUGCUCACCCACCCCACCAUCCAGGGCCUGCCCAGCCUAAUGGCCUCUCUCAAGAGGGUUCUCUCUAUCGCUGCCAGGAAGAGGGCCUGGGCCACUUUCAAGCAGUAAUGAUGGAACAGAUUGGCACUGGAAGUGGAAUAAGAGGAUCCUUCCAGGAAAUGUACAGACCAUCAGGAAUGCACAUACAUCCAAUCCAGUCGCAGUCCUUAUUCCCAAAGACCCCAGCACCAGCAGCAUCACCAGAACAGCUGCCACCACAUAAGCCCCCAACACUUCCUCUGGAUCAGAGCUAGUCCUAGGAGGAAAUUGCCCCCAAGGAAGUGAAAAGCUGCACAUGAAGACAGAACAUGGAGGAUUUGGGGAAAUGAUCCUUGCCCAUCUCUAUCCCAGUCACCCUGCUGUGCCCCUUCACAGUGAAUUACACCUUGCCACCAAGAGCUGGAGCCAUUCCUGGGCCUUAGAAGCAUACUCACUCCAUAGACGACUGACACAGAGCUUGCAGAGGUGCUGGGUCAGGGAUCACUUGCACAGCUGACUGACAGUCAGGAAGAUCAAGUGAACCUGGAGUUCAUGCUGACUUCUCCAAAUUCUGAGACUGUCCUUCAGGGAAAAUCACUUUAAACUUGGGUGGGGGGCAUACAAAAUAACAGAGUGGUGCUUUUAAACUUUCGUGAGCAGCUAAUCUCAGGUAUAUAUUGAGGAAGGGACUACUUGUAGUAUUAAUGUUUUCAGAGCUGGGUCCAGUUUACACAAUUUUCAUGUUGCCUUUUAAAAUAAUUUUUGUUGGUGAAUGUAUUGUACAUA